AUGGAUUUCACAGCUAACAGCAUUAAAACGAGGCAUAGCUUCUACACAAAUAGGACGAGAAGUACAGUAUCAGGGGAUACAAAGACAUUUUCUAAAUCAGAUGUCAAUGUUUGCAAACCAAGACCUAUCAAUAUACACGAACGGGAGAUUCUCAGUAUAAAGAGUAGUUGCGGUGAAUAUUAUAAAAGGUACGAACAUGAUGAGAUACCAGUUAAAGACGAUACUUCAAACGAUAAUUCAUUCAAAGAGGAUCGCACCUCAGCUGGAGCAAAGGACUCCAUAACGAAUUCAGAUUUAGAUAAAUUAGAAUUUAAAAUUCUUAACACAAUGUCCCAGGAGUUGCAGACGGAAGAUAUGUCCAUUGAAAGCCUAGAAUCAAACAUUAAGUUAUUCAAAAUAACCGUGCAAGAAAUAUUCGAUAACUUUUAUGCUAACUUACAAGAUUAUGAAUUUUACAAAAGAAAAUAUAAUGAGAUUUUAGCUAAAAAUCAGGAAGAUAUAGUUCAAGAGAUGGAGGAUUUCAUAAAAGAUAUGAUUCAACAUAUUAUUUCGUCAGACAAUUCUGCAACUAACAGUAAAACUCAAACAAGGGACAAAAGUGUCUCUUUUGAUUUGCCGUCAGAAAGAAGUCCCUUGUCAACGGUGGAAGCGUAUAGAAACCAAAAUUAUUCGACUGAUUCUACUUUUGAUGAAAGUUCUAAUUAUAAGCCAGGCUCAAAUAAAAAAGAAGAAACGCUUAACAUAUAUCUAUUAACAGGCACUCCGUAUGUCGCAAUCAGAAUGAAUAAUCGUAAUUUGUUAUCAGACAUGAAUGUACGAGAUUCGGUUUUGGAUGAGAUAGAAGGGCAACUGGCUUCAGCUGAGAACAUAAAAAAGAUAGCGGCAAAGAAGUUGCAAUUAGAAAAAUAUGUAACCCAACAGAGAGUGCAAACCAGCAGGGAAAGAGAUAUACCGAUAAAAAUCUCAAGUGCUAAAAAGGAUAUACCUCUUAAUGAAGAUUUCAUCAACAACAAUAAUAGCCAAGAACAGAGCAUCAAGUCAUUUAUGUCCAAAAUCUGUAAUUACAUUUGCAAGAGAUUCCGGAAAUCCUCUUUUAACUAA